CGUUUGACAAAAAUGUCAACAGUCGAGUCGAGUAUUUUAUUUUUAUGAAUUAUGACAGUUGAGUUCAAUUCGUUGAUAACGGUUAGACCGUAUAUUUUGAACAGUACACAUUAGUUUGAAUUACGCGAAUAGGAACUAACCUUUUCUAGUUUCAUUACUGAAUCAUCGUUUUCCUUGUUCUUCUGAUUGUGGGCUUGUACGUCGGACUGCUCGUACUUCAGCUCGCACUUCGCUGAUAAAAUCCAUGUAACCUAACCUUACCAACUUCAAAACAUCAUUUGAAAUUCAAUUUCACAAUUUGUUAAAUAGCGCCUAGCUCCGUGAUCAUAAUGUUCGAAGACUAUUAUUCUGGUUCUACGAUACUGAAGCCACUCUCUGUGAAAACUGGAGUAGAAAUUGAUCGGCUGAAUUUCGUCGUCUGUCAGCUAGUUGCCUUGGGUUUGGCAUUUUUAAUGAGAAAAUUCCUUCAUCCGAGUUCUACGUCUGGUACAGUACGGCAUGCUUUCUCGAGUAUUAUUGGACUACUGUUGAGUUAUUUUUGUUUCGGAAAUGAAGUGGGACACCUAUUGAUCGUUGCGACGGCCUGUUAUUUGAUAAUUACGUUUCAAAGUUCAAAAGUCAUGCCGCACUUCGUUUUCGUCGUGUCCAUGGGAUAUUUGGCUUCUAUUCAUUUUAAACGAUUGAUAUUCAAUUAUGGCGCGUACAAUCUCGAUAUUACGGGUCCUUUGAUGGUUUUAGUGCAAAGAGUAUCAGGUCUGGCGUAUAGUCUACAUGAUGGAUUGGAUUGCGAGUACGAAAAAUUAUCGCCAUAUCGUCAGAAGUACAUUACUAAGAAUAAACCGUCAAUUUUGCAAUAUUACGGAUACUUGUUUCAAUUUCAAAGUAUUCUGGCCGGUCCCAAUGUACUUUUUAAAGACUAUAUACAGUUUAUCGAUGGCACCAAUUUCAAAAAUGUAAAAUCCGAUUCAUCAAAUGACAAAGUCGAAUCGGAACCAUCUCCCUUCAAAGUGGUGCUGCAGAAAUUCCUCAUCAGCAUAGCUUGCAUAAUGUUCUACCUAUCGGUAUCUUCGCACUUUUCGAUUGAAAUUGCCAAAGGUAGGGAAUUCAUGUACGAAUGGAGCAGUUUCCGACAAAUGGGAUUCCUGGUGAUAUGCACGACAUUGACCAGAUUCAUGUACUAUCAUGCGUGGAUACUGGCCGACGCUGUUUGUAAUGCAUCUGGGCUCGGAUUCAACGGAUAUGACGCAAAAGGCAAUCCGAAAUGGGAUAUUACCCAAAAUGUCGACAUUUUUGGCUUCGAAUUCUCGGAUAAUUUAAGAAAUGCGAUCACUUGCUGGAACACUGGGACUAACGUAUGGUUACGAUUCAUAGUUUACGAAAGACUGGAAAAGUACAACAAAACGUUGUUCACAUUUUUAUUGUCGGCUGCGUGGCAUGGUUUCUAUCCCGGAUACUACGUUUGCUUCAUAACUGCUGCGCUUUUCGUAACGGCGGCUCGAAAUGUACGUAAAUACGUUCGCCCUCAUUUCAUGAAUAACUCUACGUUGAAAUUGUUCUACGACGGAUGUACUUUCAUAACUACGAGGGUUGCUAUCGCGUAUUUUACAUUCCCGUUUGUAAUGUAUGAUUUUUGGCCGGCGCUGAUUAUUUACAAGAAUAUGCUAUUCAUUUUCCAUGUUGGAUCUUUUUUCGCCAUCUUCGCGCUGCCAAUAAUUAGCAAAAAAUUUCUGCCUAGACCUUCGACAAUGCCAUCGAAACAAGACUAAGUUAUAACGUGCCUGUGAUAAACUACCUACUAUUUUUGUGAUUAGAAAUCAAAUUAACGUAAAAUACCGCAUUUGUAUCUUCGAAAUUAAUUUUUCGAUACGUAAUUCAUAUCUACGGGUACAGAAAAAUGUAAUCGGUCGGUCAAUGUAGAUGUGCGGUAAUGUCGACAAUAACGUUGAUUUUUUCACUUUUUUUUUUUUUUUUUUAAAUCGUCUGAAAUUAUGGUUACCUUUUUGUUGUUCCUUGUUGGCCCUCAAGUUGUGUGUUUAGUUAAUAAGCAGCAGUAUCUACCAACCAACUACCAACAGAAUUGAUGGCUGAAUAAAUUUGGACACUUCAAGACUGAUUGUGAGAAUAGAUAUCGGUAUCCGAAUGCAAAAGCAAUUUGAUCUCCACUAAAACUAAUUCAUUUUAUUUACGUAGGUACCUAAUUAAUCAUAUUUUCACUUCGUUUCUCUCUGAUUCUGAUAAUUGUGAAUAGUGUAAUGGGUAAUGAUUAGGGACUCAUUGUGUAAUAUAGUAUAUAGAUAAUGUAUACGUACUAUAUAUAAUAUGCUUCAAAUGUUAGAUAUUUCAACCAUUUACGUACGCUUUUUCAACACUCGCGUCAUCCUUAUUUACUUGAUGAAAUGAUGACUUUAAGGGUAGAUUGUCUUAUUAUGUAGGUAUAACUAUGUCAUUGCUGGUCAUUAUGUUUAGAAGCCGUUUAAUGUGUAAAUACGUUUAAAAUAUUAUUAAUUGCGGGUUGUUCGCAUUGAAAUGGCGCAGGCCUAUUGGCCUGGGACCAUACAGCAUGCACUAAGGUCGAAGAUAUUAGUUUACGAAAGUGUUGCACCUAUGAUCAGUGUAAGUUUUCUGUCACUAGAAUUUGUAUCGAUCGAUAUUUUGUUUGUUUCGCAAAACUACAUGGGUAAAAAUGAAA